AUGCCCGCCUCAGCUGUCUUUGCGCCCGGCGCGACCGCCCUUAUCACUGGAGCUGCUGCUGGCAUCGGCCUCGCGAUUGCCAAGCUCUGCCAAUCCAAGGGAAUGAACCUGUUCCUUGUCGAUAUCAACGCCGACCACCUCGAGGCGGCGAAGAAAGCGCUGUCCACCGAAACAAAUACCGUCGUCACGGCCGUUGCAGAUGUCUCCAGCACCUCGGAAUGGCAGUCGCUUAAGGCUACUGCCGCUGACCGUUUCGGGUCAAUCGAGCUGCUGAUUCUGAAUGCGGGCAAGGGAAUGAAGGGAGGAUGGGGUGAGGAGGACUAUUUCCGCCAGACACUCGAGACCAACCUCUUCGGUGUGAUCCACGGCAUCAACGCCUUCCUCCCCGUCGUCAAGAAAGCCUCCGAGUCGAAGCCGACAUCGAUCGUUAUCACCGGCAGCAAACAGGGAAUCACCAAUCCACCGGGAAAUCCUGCCUACAAUGCUUCCAAGGCGGCUGUCAAGUCGCUGGCUGAGCAACUGAGCUAUGAUCUACGGGAGUCGAGCACCAGUGUCCACCUGCUGGUGCCUGGCUGGACAUUCACCAACCUGGCCGGCGCUCUUCAUUUCAAGGAGAAACCCGCUGGAGCUUGGCUGCCAGAGCAAGUCGCCGACUACUUGCAUCACAAGAUGGAGCAAGACAAGUUCUACGUAAUCUGCCCCGACAACGAUGUGACCGAAGAAACAGAUAAGAAGCGCAUGUUAUGGUCGACGGGCGAUAUCGUUUACGAGCGGCCGCCUCUGUCGAGAUGGCGAGAAGAUUGGAAGGAGGAGGCGGCGGAUACAAUGGCGAAGACGCAGAUUUAG